CGACAAAUCCCUUUUGAUCUUUAUUCUUAUUUCUCCAACAUGUCGAGAAGAAAAAGCUCACAGUCAGCUAUUUCGGAGUUACCGCCAUGCGAGGGACCAAAGCUCAACGUGUUUCAGCAUCAUGAAUCGCGAAUUCAAUGGCUGGAGAGACUCGAUAAUGAGGAUGAAGAUGUCACAUCAAGUCAAGGCUACGUUUUCCGCGCUCGUAUUCGCGGUCACGAGUACGCAGUUAAAGUCUUCAAAUUCUUCGAUCCGAUGAGCGAAGAGUACUUUUGGGGGCCAGCGCUAGGCAAAGAUACUCCUCUAGAUACAGCUGCGUACUAUACCGAUCCAUUUUACGCAGAAUGUCGAGCGUACGGCCGUAUUCGCGAGGCUAUAAAACAGAGAGUCCUAAAGGCGGAUGUCGCUAUUCCAUGUCAUGGAUUUCUUUUCCUAAGACCCCAUGAUCAAGACGCGUUGACAAGUCUCGAUAUUGAUCUCGGACUGGACGAUAUAGAUCUGGAUUACCAGAAAUCUACCAUCGGGGGAUUAAGAGCCAGAGCCAUUGUGAAAGAUAUCGCAUCUUCAGAUAGUGGUGUCAGCUCUAAAAACAUCAGAAACAUCCUAAGUAGGGUUAUAUCGAUGAAUAAAGCAGGGAUAUACAACAUGGACAUCCGGAUUGAUAAUUUUCGCGAUGGAAAAUUGGUGGACUUUGGCUCGUCAUGGACAGAGCCUCAUGCCCUUUUAGACUCAUUGAACUCAUUGAAUCAGCGCGCAGCCCUCGAGUCAAAGAUAGCGGAUCGAGUAAUGUUUGAUCAGAUGGUGGAAGACGAAGAGAUAGAAACCCGAGGAAAGGUUAAAGCGUUACAUCCUAUGCGACUUCGGUCUCAGACCAAACGGUUAUAGUUCCGUUAUGAAGCGCCCUAAUGUAUAUUUAGAUAUAUCCUUUCAUCCCAAUAAUCCAAGCUAUUAAUACU